AUGUUUCCCGAAAUAAAUCCCCCAAGAAAAAUGUCGUUCCAAGCAGAUCCGGUCGAUUUCAAAGAAAAGCUCAUAGCGGCCGUGAAGAAAGAGGUGAAACAGGUGAUGGAGGAAGCCGUCACCAAGAAGUACAUACACGAAGAGUCUUGCUCGGUAACGGCCCUAUGUGCAGCGGUCGAGGCGUGCCUGAGCCAGGGUCUGCGAAGGCGGGCUCUCGGCCUGUUCAAGACAUCAUCCACCACCGCCCUACUGCACAAGGUGGCCAAGCAUUGUCCCGAAGCUGCCUGCAUCAGUAAGAAGGUGCAGGAUAUCGAAAACAGCGAUCCAAACAAACGGUCCUCAUCGAGCAGCGACAGUACCAACAAACCACCGAUCCUGAAGAAAAGCAGCAGUAACUCUGUUUCGACAACGACACCACCACAGUCACCGCCGGUUGUAAAAUAUCUCUGGAUACGGUUGGCACUGUACGAGAAGAAACUGUCCCGCAUCAUUGACCAUCUUGUGACUAACGCGACGCGGUAUUACGAGCGCGACUCACUAGUGGCUGAUCCAGACUACGGUUCCAUACUGAGCUCGCUGCUCGUGGGUCCGUGCGCACUGGACUACUCCCGUGCCAAAACUGCCGAUCACUUUUGGACCGAUCCUCCAGCGGACGAAUUGGUUCAGCGCCAUAGAAUCAGCUCGAGUAAUCCCACACCGCCAGCGUACCGAAGACCGAUGUUGAACUUCAAGCGAAGUCUCCACACCAGCUCGGAGGAGGGCAGUAUGGCGUCGUUCAAGUCGAACAGCUUGGCAUCCGCAUCGAAAGACUACGUGGAAUCGCUACAUCAAAACUCGCGAGCCACACUCCUCUACGGGAAGAACAACGUUCUCGUCCUCCCGAAAGACGUCAGUGAGCCGAUGCCAGGGUAUCUCAGUCUGCAUCAGACAGUGCAAUCGCUCACGAUCAAGUGGACACCGAACCAGCUUAUGAACGGAUACACCGAGUCGGAGAAUAUCGACAAGAGCUCGUACUGGGCAUACGCGUUGAACGUGAAUGUAGACGAGAUCGUGUACGUGCACUGCCAUCAGGCGCGUGGUGGCGAUACCGGCGGUACCAUCAUACUCGUCGGACAGGAUGGCGUCCAGCGUCCUCCGAUACACUUCCCCGAGGGUGGACAUAUGGCGGCCUUUCUGAGCUGUCUGGAAACUGGUCUUCUGCCACAUGGUCAACUGGAUCCUCCGCUCUGGUCCCAACGGGGCAUUGGACGUAUCUUUCCUUGGCCUCAGAAGUCACGUCGCAGACCACUGCCAUCGUUGCUGGAGACGAACGAUGAGAUGCCUAUCGAUUAUGUGUUUCGAGUGGUCAACAAGGGUAACACCGACGAGUUCUUGGCAACUCAUUCGAUACUGGAACUUGGACGUACCAGCCCACGCUAUCGCGCCCAGCUGAGCAGUUGCUCCACCAACGAAAGUAGUGACUGCUCCAGUAAAAGUCUCUCGAUCGAUGCCAUGUCCAUCGACAGUCCUAAUCCACAAUCGAACCAAUCGACCAGCAUUGCCCUCGUCUGCUCGACGAUGAAACGGCAGAUCAUCUCUCGCGCAUUCUACGGCUGGCUAGCGUACUGCCGUCAUCUCUCCACCGUGCGGACGCAUCUGUCGGGCCUGGUGAAUGGUCGCAUCACACCGGAAGCCGGUGCCGAAGAGGGUCUUACGCGAUCGCGCUGGGAAAGCUUGCACGAUGGCAACGGUGUCGUGGCGGACGAUCAGGAAGUCUACCGGUUAGUGUACUACGGUGGCGUCGAGCAUGACAUUCGGAAGGAAGUGUGGCCGUAUCUGCUCGGCCAUUACACCUUCGGCAGCACACCGGUCGAGCGGGCGGAAUUGGACGAAACGGCGAAGCACUACUACGAAACGACCAUGAGCGAGUGGUUGGCAGUGGAGGCGAUCGUACGCCAACGGGACAAGGAAAAGACGGCCGUCGCGGUGGCAAAGCUAAGCUCGGGCAGCGGUAGCAUGGAGAACAAAAGCAAAACCAUCGACCAGGACGCCGACGGGGAGGAGGAGGAAGAAGAGAUGGAGAACGAGGUGUUCGAGGAAAAUGGGUUCUCCGACAUGUCGGAACCGGAAGUCGAGGGGGAAGAGAAAUCGGACGCAAAGCCAAAGCUCACCAAGGACAACAUUACGCUGCCGGUGGUUGCGCAGGACGCAACCAUGGACACCGGGGAGAAUGGGGAAGAGGACGCCAAUCAGGACCAUUCGGAGCAGAAUCCAGAACAAGACUUUGACAGCAACAAAAGCUCACCUUCCGACUCAUCCUACGCGACGGUCGGCAAUGAUUUCAUCGAUGUAGCGGACAUCGGAAUCUCCCCGAUGGGCGAAAGCGCAAAGUCUCUGGCAGGGGAAGUGGAGCGCAUGCAGGAGGACGAAGACGAGGAAGUGGUCACUUCCGACGGGGCGAUCGAGGCGGAGGAAGACGAGGAGGAACCCGACUCGCCCAAGUCCCUCGAGCAGCCGCGUGCGGUCAUCGUGACCGAUGCGUCCAUCGACGUCACUAUGCUGCCGACCGAGGUUAGAGAGCUGAACAACAACAACACACUAACGACACUGCCGGAAGAGGGAAGCAACCAUCAGCCGGCGCUGGAUUCGCUGCAAGAACCCAAAUCCGCCUGCGUGUCUCCGGCCAGCUCAAACGGCGGCAUCUACAGUAGCGAACUGCUGGAGUCGUUCGGUUUGAAUCUCCACCGCAUCGAGAAGGAUGUUCAACGGUGUGAUCGUAACUAUUGGUACUUUGCGAAUGAAAAUCUGGACAAGCUGCGCAACGUCAUCUGCACGUACGUUUGGGAGCACCUGGAUGUGGGAUACAUGCAGGGCAUGUGUGAUCUCGUUGCGCCCCUGCUCGUCAUCUUCGACGACGAAUCCCUCAGCUAUGGUUGCUUCUGCCGGUUUAUGGAGCGCAUGAUUGAAAACUUCCCGAACGGUGGUGCCAUGGACAUGCACUUUGCCAACAUGAGAUCAUUGAUACAAAUCUUGGACUCGGAGAUGUACGACCUGAUGCAUGCGCACGGUGACUACACCCACUUCUACUUUUGCUAUCGCUGGUUCCUGCUCGACUUUAAGCGAGAGCUCAUCUACGCCGACAUCUUCUCCGUGUGGGAGGUGAUCUGGGCGGCGAAGCACGUGGCGUCCGCGCACUUUGUACUGUUUCUAGCGCUGGCCCUGUUAGAAACCUAUCGCGACAUCAUUCUGUCCAACAGCAUGGAUUUUACGGAUAUUAUUAAAUUUUUCAACGAAAUGGCUGAACGACACAACACACCAUCCGUUCUGAAGCUGGCCCGCAGUUUAGUGCUUCAACUGCAAACGAUUAUUGAAAAUAAGUAA